AUGGCGACACCUAAUACAGAUGAAGAGGACUUUGAAGAUAGAAUCAACAGAUUAUUGAUAAGUAAUAUUUGUUUUAAUUACAUAUUUAUGUUACGGGCAAAGUAAGAAGUUAGACAUUGUGUACUGCAAUGCUUGGGCACGGUGCACAAUGCUCAAUUUUCGAGGGUAAAGUUAGAAUGAGUUUACAUUGUCCAGGCAUUGUAUACAGUGCCCAACAAGAUUUGGGCAUUGUAGAUUAAAAAUAAAAUAAAACAUCUUUCUAGGUACUUUGAAAACAUAAAAACUUGUAAUAGACGCCUCAAAAAUUAAUUAAUUAAAUUGCAUAUUAAUAGUUUUAAAAAACUAAUAUCCAUUGAAUUAUUUAACUAUUAAUAAAAUGUAUUGUUAAGUACAUAGUAUUAUAAUAUUUUAGAUUCUGAGUAGAGCGAAGUAGUUUAUAGUUUUACAAAUAUGUUUAUUUUUUUUAUUAUCUGUGCGCAACUUUUCUAUCCGAAGACUUGCUCGGAUUUUUACGUGUAGCACCUUUUAUGAAAUAAAAUCAGCAUGGAACUGUACUUUAAGGAGGUCAUUUUUUAAUUUUUUGAAGAGUUUUCUCAUUCAAUUUUAAAAACUGAAAAAAAAACGGGAAAAUAUACGAAAUGUAGGUGUUAGUUAAAAUAUAUUAUAGUCUUCUUUUUUUCUGUGCAUAACUUUUCUACAAGCAAUUUUUCUCGAACUUUUAAUGAUAGCAAUAUUUUUAAAACGAAAUUUUUUUUAGCAAGGUAUUUUUAAGAGGUAUUUUUUGGAUUUUCCCGAGUUUUCCCAGCAAAUGUAAAAAACCGGGAAAAACGUAGGAAAACUGGGAAAAUCGGUACAACAUUAAACAAAUAUUAUUAAAGAAAAUAUUUAAAGCCUAUUUAAUUAUUUUACUAUAAAAUGACAUAUUUGUUGACAAAGUAUCAUUAUAAAUUGAAAUCCACACUGAAUCGUUUUUUUGUAAACAAUGGUUUAUUGUUGUUUACAGGUAUACAUUCAGUUAUCUAUAACAGUGGUUGCAGCCAUAUCCAUUAUCCCGGAUCGUCUUUUUUAUUUAUUAUUAUAUAAAUUAAAAUAUUGAAUAAAAUUAAUAAUAAUAACAAUUAGAUAUUUGUUUCUAAAUUAAAUAGGUAUUUCGUGAGUCGUGAUAUUAAACGAAUAAAAUAGGUAUGUAGGUAUAGGUAAUUAUUGCGUAUAAAUUUCAUUCGAUAUAAAUGUGUUUACCUGAUUCCGAGCAUCGUGCACAGUGAUCGGGCACUCUCGUACAAUGUCCGGUCAAUGUAUGCAAAACUGGAGUAUUAAAUAAAUUACCCAAAUUGUUCAAGCAUUAUAUCACAAUAGACGGAUUUCCUACUUUGCCCAUUAUAUAUAUAUAAAUUAAUUACUGCAAUAAGAUUGAGCACACUUGCUUAAUCAAGAAUCCCGUCAUCCCGAUGGCAAAUGUCGAAAUACGAUAUGAUUAAGUGAACACAUAGCUGGAAUCAUGUUGAAAAUGUUGAAUCAAUACAUUUAGGUUGGGUGUGUGAGUAAGAUAAGAUAAGCUGGUUUUAGGGUGGACUAAAACAGUUUUUUUUUCGUGGGCAGAUCUUAAAAUUGUAUUCGUUAAAGUGUGAAAAUACUAACGAAUCUUAUUUCACGAAAAAAAAAUUAAUAUUUUUUUAGAUUUCCCUGCUAGAUUAUAUUUUUUAAACAUGUCAUGAAUAAUAAUACUUGAAUACAUUAACUAAAAUAAUAGCCAAAUGAAAAAACAAUUUUUAAAUUUGUAAUGCCUAGUAUAAUUUACGAAUGUGUACAGAUUUUAUUAGGUAUAUUCAAAUAAAAUAAUUGAGGGAAUGGGUGGUCAAUAAAAAACAUUUGAGUUCUUUGUGUACAAAUAGUUUAACAUAUAUAGUAGGUGUAACGUUGCUUUUUUUACAUAAUAUUAUGAAUUGUUCAAAAUUCUAUGGGUACCUAUUCUGUUGAGCCAAAUCUGCCGAUACUGAUAUAAGGUUAGUUAUUGGUGUCCUAAGUGUAAACCUAAACAAUAAUUCAAUGAAAAACACGACUGGUUUAGAUAAAGCAUGGGGGAAAACCCUUAUGUGAAUGGGGGUUAAGUCCUGUGGAGUACGAGCGCAGUAAUAAUGACUAUAAUAAGCUCAUUCUUGUACUUAAUCGUGUGAUGCUCAAUGGUGUUGUAAAAAAUAUCAACGAAAAAACAACCUUGCUCAAUAGUGUAAUUUGUCGAAAAGAAUUUGUGAUAAUUGUAUACCUACUUACUUUUUAUAUUAUAAUAUUAUUCAUGUCGCAGUAAUGACUUUUGCAGAAGCACAUAAAAUAGAGAAGGAAUAUGAAAAAUUGAUGGCUAUCAGAAGGAUGAUCGAGAAACCGGUAUCUCGAAUUCCUUUUUUUGAAUUCAUGAUUAAAAGUAAAUGUUUUAAAUAUUUAGUGAUUCAUUUAUCAUAAAUGCAAACGAUUUUAUCAUAUGGUUUUAAGUGAAUUCGAUUUUUCAAAAUUUAUUUUUAAUCAUUACAGAAUCAUGUAAGUUUUGUUUUAGUCAACAAUGGCUAUCGAAUGAAUAUAGGGAAAUUCCCAAUAAGUCGUUCACUAAUGGGUUAAAAUGGACCGCCGUAGUUGAUGCAAUACGAUUGUGCGCGUUUUACCUUUUUCAGUGGGGGAGGUUAGGAGGUUAUAUCCCCCCAAUAUUUGUUUGUACAUAUUUUUAAUUGAUUUGUAUGUAUAUUAUCCACAGCAAUAGGUAGUGUACGUACACCAGUUAAAUAAUUAAGUUUAAGAAGUCAACUAUUAAUGAAAUAACGAAAAAUAUUUCUAAAUUUAUUUUUUUGCGAAGUAUCCAUCUCAUUUUUAUGAUGAAAUACUUAUCUGAUAUAAACAUUAAGAAAUAAUGGUAGGUAUAUUAUUUGAUUUUUGGGCUUACGAUAUUCAAAUCUAUCGAUGAACGACAGAUUGUACGACAGAAGGUUUAUUCAGGCGAUCGUCUUCUGUCAAAUUAAAAACACGUAUAAAUGAUUAAAAAUGAGUAUAAGAUAAAAAAAUGAUUUUUUAAACUACUUUUCUUCAACAACGUUGCAAAAUCGUAAAAAAUCAAAAUAAUGUUCUGGUUUUGUUUGUUUAUGUACUUGGUCACGGCGUUUGUGCUCAAAUCGUUCCAUCCAGAGGAUAUUCACGUUUUCUGUUGGUGUGCUGGAGAGCGUAUUUACGGAAGCAACUCAAAAUUGGCUUAUUCGUGAGCACGAUUUCGAACCUUACACGAAUGUCGACAAUACGAUAAUUAAGAAAGGCGUAUUCUAAUUCCAUGUGGUUUACAUGGUGAUAAAGACCAACAGCGUAAUCCAACAAGAAAUCCAAUAAUUUAUUUACGAUCACUUGUAUUAUUUAAAAAUCUUUUUGAAAUUUCCAAACAAUAUUCAUAAGUAGACCUAAUUUAUUUAAAUAUAAAUGUAUUUGACACGUUAUCUAUCUUAGAAUCACUAUCGCUUAUGAUAGAACCAUUUAAAUCAUCCAUAUUAUUGGCUUCAACAAUUUCACCAAUUUAUUAAUUAUUAAUUAUUAUCGUUACGGUAAUAUUUUUGUAUGGUUCGUAAUCAUGCUCAUAACCGUUUCAAUCGUAUGUUGCUUCAUUAAAUACACUCCCUGGUACCCUAGCAAAAAAAUGAGAAUAUCCCUGGAACGGGUUGAGCACAAAUGACUGGACCAAGUGCACGAACAAGCAAGCACAAAGGAAUGGCACAAUCGAAUUUUCAUAAUGUUGUGAGCUGGGGGGGGGUAGGGGGUGCUGAACAUGUUUCCAGCACCCUCACCCGAAACAGUGAAUAUAGUAUUUGAAACGCGUUAAAUACAAACGAUGAGAGACUGAGUGUACAAACAAGCAUGAACAAAGCACAAAUUAAUUUUAAUAAUAUUGAGGUGGGAGUGUAUUCACCCUUCUUACCUCUAAGGGAACGAAAAAGUUUACAGAAAUCAUGGUUUCAUUAUUUUCAAUUAUGUUUUUUUGCUGUAAUUUUGUUGAAAAAAAUCGUGAAGACCUGAAAUAACAUUCUUGUAGAGGUCAGAUUAUUUUUACAUAUUGAUAACAACUAUUGUAUAUGCUUUGCUUACCUCAUUGAUAUGUAUAAUAUAAUAUAAUAUAUUAAUAAUUGUUUGCAACUACAAUAAUUAAUAUACCAUAUACAGGGUGUCCCCCGAAAAUCUACCCAUUGCAAUAUCGAUCAUAUCUAAUCAAAUUCUAUUUGUUUCUUUUUUUUUUUUUAUAUAUACUCGCAGAGAAGAUAAGGAUUACAAUUAAUAUUAAAUGAAUUGAUUAAAUAUACAUUUUAUAAUUUAAUUACAUUGUUAUGUUUUGGUAAAAAAAUAAAAAAAAAUAACUUUUAUUUUAUUAUUUUCGAAAAAUUUAAAAAUAUUCACUGUAUAGAGUUUAUUCUUCUGAAAUCUAAAAAAUCACAAAUUUAAUGAAAAUAAAAAGUUGAUAUAUCAAAAUAUAUAGAACAAUAAACUCUAUAAAAUGAUUAUCUUCUAAUUGUUUAAAAAUAAUAAAACAAUUUAAGUUAUAAUUGCAUACUUUAGAUAAUCUUAAUGUUAUAGAGUAGUAAUUUUAAUACAGAUCCUUCAGUACUAUCGGUUUCAAACUAAAAAAAGGUAAGAUAAUGGGGACAGAUGCAGCCACUGGUGUAGGUGAGAAUUUGGGAAGGUAGGAUACAGAUAGGAAUUUAAUGUAUAUCUGUAAGCAACGAUAAACCAUUGCUAACGAAAAAAACAAUUCUGAGCGGAGUUCAAUUGAUAGUGAUGCUUUUUUUCAAUAAUAUAUAUAUAUAUCAUAUUAUAGUAAAAUAAUUGAAUAGGCUCUAUAUAUUUUCUUUAAUAAUAUUUGUUUAAUGUUAUACCAAUUUCCCCUGUUUUCUUACGUUUUAAAGUACCUCUCCAGUGAAAUUUUCAUUUAAAAAAAUUGCUAUAAUUAAAAGUUGGAGAAAAAUUGCUUGUAGAAAAGUUAUCCACAGAAAAAAAAUCGUUAUAUUUUAGUAAUAUAUUUAAUAUAUUUUCCCGUUUUUUUUUUGGUUUUCCAAAUUUGAUGAGAAAACUUUUGAGAAAAUGGCCUCUCUAAGGUACCUUUCCACACCGAUUUCCUUUCAGAAAAGUUGCUACACGUUUAAAUUGGAGCAAGUCUUCUAGUAGAAAAGUUAUCUACAGAGUAAAAAGUAAACAUUUUUGUAAAACCAUAAGCUUCGUCGCUCCACUUAAAAUCUAAAAUAAAAUAAAAUAGUAACCUUAAUGUGCGAACAUAAAACACUGAAUAAUGAUUUCAUUAAUAUGAAUAUUUACGUAAAAUCUUUAUAUUAUUAUAAUUUAAUGUGUGUUGAUGGAAUAUUUAUGUAUAAAUAAUUUAUAAUUCAUUAAAUUUUGUUUUAAUAUUAUGUUGAGAAAAAAAACUUUAUUUUAAGCAAAGAUAUUAUUUUUGCUCGGGAAAAAUUGUAGUUUGGAAUAAUGUGGGUCGGUAUGAAAUCCCAUCCAAAUCUAUCCAAGAUUAUAGAAAUAUUUUAUACCUAAAUAAAAAAAAAAUAGAAAUAAAAUUCACUUAAAAUCCUUCGAGAAAAUCGAUGUUUCGUGAUAGAUGAAUCACUCUAUAUAUAAGUUAUCAGUUAACAACAUAUAAGGUAUACUUUUUUAAUAUUAUACUUUGCCUUUUUGUUAAUAUAUAUAUUUUAUUAUGUAGAAAAGUACGCCAAUUCUGAACACUUUAUCGAACAAAAGAUUGCUUUUUGGGAUCUUUCAAAUCGCCAGUACGAUUUGAAACAAGCUAUCAAAGGUAAACCUUUAUAUAUAUUUAUAUAUUAUAUAAUAUGUUAUAAUUAUCAAAACGCUAUUGUAUGUAACCAGCUGUCCCGCACUGCUUCACCCGUACACAGUAUUAAACGAAAAAUAAAAAACGUUUUUCCUGUGUUUAUCCGUGACUUACUGUUUCUAACUUCAUGUCCUUCUCAGUUAGCUGUUGUUUCCCAAGAAUUUUUUUUUUAUUUAAUUGGAUAGUACUUUUAUACUCAUGAAAUACAAUUUAACUAAUGAUAACUAUUUUUUCAUCCAUGUCUUAAACUAACCCAUCAUGGGUGUGAGUCACCCUUUGAAUUCCAGAAAUCUGACAAACACUUCAAAUAGAUAUAACAAAAUAAACAUUAGAUAUUGUUUAUAAUUUAUUUUUUUUUUUUACAGCUCUAAACGGCGCACAUAUCUAA